AUGCAGCACCCACACAGUCACAUGCGGCGAAUACGGCAUCUCAACAUAUUUCUGCUGCUGCUGCUCUACUUGUCACAAAUCAAAGCUUGGCGACCAUGUCCAGAGCUCAGUCCGGCAUUGCGUUUACCCUGCAGGUGUAAUGUGGUGCCAUUCGCCUCGACGGGACAGCUCGGCGCGGUGGCGAUGGACUGCGAUCGUGUCGUCUUCCAUGGUGAGGCGCCGCAACUGCCGUAUGGCGCGCCGAUUGUCUCCUACUCGCAGCGCCACAGUGGCCAGCAGGUUUUGCCAUCACAGAGUUUUGGCACACUGAAAUUACCUAUUGAAGAGUUGGAUCUUUCGAACAAUCUGAUACGCCGCAUACCAGAGAAAUCUUUUCUCGGUCUGAAAGAGUCACUCACCGAGCUACGCUUGGCGAAUAAUCUACUAGGCGACAGCCUGAAUCCGAUAUUUUCCACCGCCGAAUUUCAUCCGCUGAAAAAUCUGAAAACGCUCGACCUAUCCGGCAACAAAAUCAAAUCGAUCGAAGAGGGUCUGCUCAAAGGCUGCGCCGACUUGAAGGAUUUCUAUGUGGAUCGUAAUUGUCUGUCUGCCAUUCCAUCCAACUCACUCAAUGGACCAAAUGCGCUGCGACUUCUUUCUUUGCGUCAUAAUCACAUAACAAUACUCCGUUAUGAAGCAUUCAUCGCGCAACCUGAACUGGAAGUCGUCGAUCUGCGCCACAACGAAAUCAAAACGAUCGAGGGUCUGGCAUUUCAAGGUUUACGCGCCAUACGCGAAAUCAAAUUGGCCGGAAAUCGCAUUACCAAUUUGAAUAGUGACGUUUUCGAGCAUAUACCCACUUUGCAGAAACUAGAUCUCUCCGAAAAUUUCAUACCUCAAUUCCCAAUUGUGUCGCUGGCAGCUAUAGGAAAUCUUAAAUCACUGAAUUUGUCCUCGAACAUGUUGCAGCGAUUGGAUUACACGCAUAUGCAGGUGGUUAAGACCUUGGAGGUAUUGGAUUUGAGUCGCAAUGGCAUUACCACCAUACCGCCGGGCACAUUCCGCGAUCUGGCCGAACUCAAAUAUCUCGACUUGAGCUUGAAUUCGCUGCGUACUAUUGAAGACGAUGCGCUGGAGGGUCUGGAUAACCUGCAAACUCUCGUCAUACGCGAUAAUAAUAUCUUACUAGUACCGGGUAGCGCUUUGGGACGCCUGCCGAGUUUGACCACCCUGCAUUUGGAUUUCAAUCGUGUUGCUGCCUUGUCAAGUGAGAUUUUGGGUUCCAUUCAAGCAGAGGAUAUCACAUCCUUAUCAUUAGCGCGCAAUGUCAUACGCGAACUACCGACUGGCAGUUUCCAAACAUUCGCCAAUCUGCGUACUCUCGAUCUCUCCGGCAAUUCGUUGGCCGUCAUUAGCGCAGACAUAUUCUUGGGCUUGGAUCAAUCGCUGAAUGAGCUGAAACUAUCACAGAACCGCAUUACUGGCUUGGGCGCAACGCCGCUGGCCUUAACCGAACUGCGUAGUCUCGAUCUGAGCGGAAACAACCUCGCCGACUUGCCACGCAAUAUCUUCCAGGGUUUGGAGAACUUGCAAUAUCUCAAUCUCAGCGGUAAUCACCAUUUAUCGCCUUUACCGGCCGCGCUUAUACGACCGCUUUCACAUCUGCAAGUCAUCGAUUUGAGUAACUGCGCGCUCAAACAAAUGUCCGGUGAUCUGUUUGCCACACUACAAGACCUGAAGCACAUCUAUCUGCACGACAAUAAUUUACAAGAAAUUAACGAUGGCAGUUUUGUCGAUCUUUGGAAUAUCACAUCAAUCGAUUUAUCAAAUAAUCAAAUCACUUCCAUCAGACCGGGUGCUUUCGUGAAUGUGAUGCACAUCAAGCGGCUCAAUCUGCGCGACAAUCAGUUGUCGGCAUUUAAGGGUGAAUUUUUCAACACCGGCACUGGCUUAGAGGAACUCGACAUUUCGAAUAAUCACCUCACUUAUCUUUUCCCUUCUUCAUUCCGCAUACAUCCGCGCUUGCGUGAAAUCAAAGCGGCCAAUAAUAAAUUCAGUUUCUUCCCCGCCGAACUCAUUUCAUCGCUGCAAUAUCUGGAGUACGUCGACCUGUCACACAACCAACUCAAAUCGAUAGAGGAGUUGGAUUUCGCGCGUCUACCGCGACUACGUGCGCUGCUCGUCGCAUACAAUCAACUGGACAUGCUCAGUGAGAUGGCUUUCCACAACUCGACUCAGCUGCAGAUUCUCGAUUUAUCUUACAACAAUUUGGAUCGCAUUGGUGAACGCACAUUCGAAGGUUUAGUGCGUCUGGAACUGCUCAAUCUCGAGGGCAAUCAACUGACUGAACUCUCCGAUUUGAUAUUUGAGCGUUCGAAAUUGCAAAUGCUCGAAAAUAUAAACUUGGCUAAAAACAAAUUCGAUUAUGCGCCACUUAAUGCACUACAACGUCAGUAUUUCUUCGUCUCUUCGGUUAAUUUGAGUCAAAAUAAAAUACGCGCUAUACCUGCUGAUGACAGUAUUAUGGUAAAUAUCAAAGAUCUUGACUUAUCAUACAAUCCACUAAGCGAAGGUGCUGUGCGCAACAUACUCAACGAGCCGAAAACUGUGCGCGCGCUUAACUUAGCCGGUACUGGCAUUGCUCAUCUUGAGCCACUGGAGACGCCUUUCUUACAGUAUUUAAAUCUCUCGCAUAAUAAUCUCAAAACCAUCGAUGCUGACAUCUUUCAACGCACAACGCUACUUGAAACGUUGGAUCUGUCAGACAAUCACAUAGAGAGCCUAAACGAACUGGCAGAUGCUUGGCCUAAAUUGCAAUCACUGCACACUUUGGAUAUUUCGAAUAACAGCUUUGAGAUUAUCUCACAAGAUAAUUUCGAAAAUUUAGACAUGCUGCGUGUGUUGCGACUCAAAAGCUUGCCGCAAGUUAAUCGCAUCGAGAAGAACGCAUUCAAACAUAUGCCAAAUUUAGAGAAACUCGAGGCGUACGAUCUACCUUUGUUGGGCUACCUCGAUGUGCAAGGCAUACUCGAGCUGUUGCCUGGGCUUGAAGACAUCGAUUUAGAAGUGAAAGAUUCAACUAUAGGCACCGAACAGAUACAACCAGCUAAGCAUCCACGACUUAAAACAAUCGGUAUACGCGGAGAUCGUCUGAAGACUAUCUCCUCCGGCACGCUGGCCGGUUUGAAAAGCAGUGACCUCACCAUCAAACUGCAAAACACAUCGCUUACAACACUGCCACCAGCUCUACUAUUUCCUGUGCCACGGUCUUCACACCUAAACCUCGACAUUACUGGCUCCAAAGUCACCGUGUUGGUGCCACAAUUUCUUACCGCUCUCGAGGAUCGCCGCUCCAGUUUGCAACUGAAAGGGCUUGCCACAAAUCCCAUACACUGUGACUGUAAUGCACGUGCGCUACGCCGCUGGUUACCCAACUCACAUAUGACCGAUGUAGAGUGUCAAUCGCCUGCCUUUCUGGAGGGUAAGAAACUCAUCGAAGUCGGCGAUGACGAAUUGACGUGUGAUCCACGACGCAUGACCUCCACAACGGCACGCAGCACCUCACAACAUGUGUUGAAAUCAUCCUCGCGUCUCGUGACACGCCCCACCACCACCACCACCGAGGAACCAAUGAUCAUCUGGAGCUUGGAGCCCACACAAGCGCCACCGAUGAAAAUCAAAACCAAAGCCCCACUCAUGAAGGCGCCCAUUAUGAGUAACGACGACACACUUAUUAUCGGUAUUGUUGGCGGCGUUGUGGCCUUCAUAGCCAUACUUAUCAUCAUCAUCUGCAUUGUGCGUUUGCGCAUGAGCAAUGUAGAGUAUCACCAAGGACCGGCCAUGAUCGGUAUACCGCCAAUGCCAAUGGGUCCAGGUAGUGUACCAAUGAAUUUCAAGGGUGCUCCCACGGCGCUCUAUGCCGUUCCACCUUACGCGGCACAAAGUUAUGCCACUCUGCCACACAAAGCACCGUCCAUACACCAGUCCACACAGAAUCUGUCGCAGCGUGCCGCCACACAAAAUGGCCAGAACUCAUACUCGACUAUGUCGCGCAUGUCGUACUUUGGUGGCACGCAGCAACAGGCCUCACCGCAGUCCAAUGGUCAACAGCCGUACAUUAUCUAUUCGGAUGACAAAGUCUAUAGAUAAGGUCCUAACGGGGUCACUGCAGCGUUGCAAGCUAUUUCACUUGGUGUUCAAUCAGUGUUGGGUGGUGAGACAGCCGUCAGCAUACAUACA